GCUGUGAGCGCUCAUCUCUCCUCUCCUCCACCAGCGCGUCUUUUACUGUUGACACAAAAACUUUGAAGAGGUGAGAGCCGAGACGUCAAAACGCCGACAAAUCACCGUCGACAGCGCGCAUCAACAAAGAGAAAAGGGGGGUGAAAAGAAAAGAAAACCAUCAAGUCCGAGGAAAGCGGUGGAGCCGGGAGAAAGAGGGAGCUAUGCCAUCUCCCGCCGAGCAGAGCCCAGUCCUCCUGUGUUGUGUGUCGGAGCUGCAGCAUGGUGUCUCUCUCUGGACUCUGGACCUACUGCCUCGCCCCCGGGAGACCCCAUCUCCUCUUCCUCUCCGCCCGACCGCUCCUGCUGCUGCUCUUACUAACCGUCCUCACCUCCCCGGAGCCGUGCUUCCCACACCCGCAGCCUUGCCACAUCCUCGCCCGGAUCGGACACACCGUGCGCCUCGGCGCGCUCUUGCCGACCCGCCAGCCGGCACGGAUACAAAACGCGCUCAACCGCGCCCUGGCUAGCCUCCGGCACCAGAGCGGUGGGGCUGACUCCUCCACCACAGCCUCCCAAACACCUUCCCUGCUGCCCUACAACCUGAGCCUGGAGAUGGUGGCUCGAUCGCCCGCGGGAGGGGACCCGGAGUCGUUGUCCCGUAGCGCCUGCCAGGACCUGGUGGUCAGGGGGGUGUCCGCCGUGCUCGCCUUCCCCCGCUCCAGGGAGGAGCUGAUCCAGGUGGAGUUCCUCUCGUCUUUCCUGGAGAUCCCCUUCAUCUCCAUCCUGGAGGACACAGAGCCUCUUGUGACAAAGAACCAAUUCCACCUGCAGAUGUCGGCCCGCGUGCCUCCAUCGACCCUGGGCAGCCUGCUGCUGGCGGUCCUGCAGGGUAGAGAAGGGGACAGGGACAGAGGGAGCCGUGGGGAAGGCAGCUGGGGAGGAGCAGCUGUGAUCUGCCCCGGCUGGGAGGAAGGGGGUGAUGGGUUGCUGUCUCACCUGCAGGCGCACAGCGGUUCUAACUGGCAUUUGUGGGACAUUAUCAACCUGACCAUCAUCUCCGGCGGCGGCGGAGAUAGAAGGGGGGAGGCCAGCGAGGAGAAGAAGGAGGAUCAGAGGGAGGAGGAGGCUUUAAAGAUCCUCUCCACCCGUUUCCUGCGCUCCCCCUCUCCCAUCUCCUCUGUUCUCCUCCUGGGCUCUGACCCCGAGUGUCUCUCCUCUGUCCUGCGGGCCGCUCAGCGCCUCGCUCCGACUCUACCAGCACUGCAGUGGAUCAUGGGAUAUCCCUUGUCUCCAGAUUCGCUCCACACUCUAGGAGGACCUCUUGGACUGUUAGCCUACGGGGAGGUGGGCCGCAAGCCAAUCAGCUUCUACAUCCGGGAUGCUUUGCAGUUGAUUGGCCGCGCGGUCGCUGCGGCGACCAUGGUGAGGCCGGACCUGGCGCUGAUUCAGAACAUGGUGAAUUGUUUCGACAAACCAAACAGGCAUGAGCUGCCCUCUUCGGGACAAUACCUGGCCAGGUUUCUCUCCAACACCUCCUUCACCGGGGCAACAGGCUUGAUCCAGGUGGAUGCUGGCCUCUCUCGGGUCCUCUCCUCCCAGCUGUUCCACGUAUGGAGCCUGAAGAGGGGUGCUCUCGGGCAGCCGGCCUGGGUGACUGUAGGCCAGUGGACCCGAGGCAGACUGGAGCUAGAAGGAGGGAUCCUGGGACUGGUGGGAGGGUUCGGGAGCAGCCAGGGACAAGGUCUUGGAGCUGGGGUGAGGGGAGGGGACGGCCAGGGUGACAGUAAUGCUGGAGAGCGCUGGAGGCCUGGAGUAUCCGUUGAGGGACACCGCCUGAGGGUGGUGACGCUGGUGGAACACCCGUUUGUCUUCACACGGGAGGUGGAUGAAGAUGGAUUGUGUCCUGCUGGUCAGCUCUGUCUGGACCCCAAAACCAACCGGUCCGACUUAAUCCAGAGCCUCUUCAACCAGCUGCACAACCCUAACACUACAGUUACAGACUGGGAGGGCAUUGAACUACCGGAGGACCUGAGGAAGUGCUGCUACGGAUACUGCAUCGACCUGCUGGAGAAGCUGGCAGAGGACAUGGGUUUCACCUUUGACCUCUAUAUUGUUGGAGACGGGAAGUACGGAGCAUUGAGCGGGACGGGACGGUGGACAGGGCUGGUCGGGGACCUGCUGAGUGGAACUGCUGACAUGGCUGUCACCUCCUUCUCCAUCAACUCUGCCCGGAGCAGAGUCAUCGAUUUCACCUCACCCUUCUACUCCACCAGCUUGGGCAUUCUGGUUCGGAGCCGGGACACUGCAGCACCCAUCGGAGCCUUCAUGUGGCCUCUCCACUGGUCCAUGUGGGUGGGUAUUUUUGUCACGCUGCACCUCACCGCGCUCUUCCUCACCUUGUACGAGUGGAACAGCCCCUUCGGCAUGACGCCCCAUGGCAGGAACAGGCUGCGCGUGUUCUCCUACUCCUCUGCCCUCAAUCUCUGCUACGCCAUACUGUUUGGACGUACUGUCGCCACCAAGACUCCUAAAUGCUGGACCGGGCGCUUCCUGAUGAACCUCUGGGCCAUCUUCUGCUUACUGGUGCUGUCGAGCUACACUGCAAACUUAGCCGCAGUCAUGGUCGGGGAGAAGACCUUCGAACAGGUCUCGGGAAUUCACGACGAGAAGCUGCACCAUCCAUCCCUGGGCUUCCGUUUUGGGACGGUGAGGGAGAGCAGCGCUGAGGAUUACAUGAAGAAGAGCUUCCCGGAGAUGCACGACUACAUGAGACGCUUUAAUCAGCCCACCACCCCAGAAGGCGUACAUAUGUUGAAGACAGAUCCUCCUACCCUGGAUGCGUUCAUCAUGGACAAAGCCCUGCUGGACUUUGAGGUGUCCAUCGACGCAGAGUGCAAGCUGCUCACUGUGGGGAAGCCGUUCGCCAUUGAAGGCUACGGUAUAGGCCUGCCCCAGGGCUCUCCUCUAACCCGCAAUGUGUCAGAGUUCGUGAGUCGCUACAAGUCUGACGGCUUCAUGGACAUGCUACAUGACAAAUGGUAUAAGGUGGUGCCCUGUGGGAAGCGAGUCUUUGCAGUCACUGAGACUCUACAGAUGGGGAUCCAGCAUUUUUCAGGCCUGUUUGUGCUGCUGUGCAUGGGGGUGGGUGGAGCCUUGCUGACCUUGGCAGGUGAACACACCUUCUAUCACCUGGUUAUCCCUCGCCUGCGACGCACGCACACGCUGCAGUACUGGCUGCACACCAGCCAGAAAAUCCACAGAGCCCUCCACACCACGUAUGAGGAUGUCGGGAAGGAGCUGACCGACCUCGACCAAAACCCCUCCUCUUGUAUCUCAGAGAACUGCACCCUACACAGGAAGCAGCAUCACCCUCCUCCCCCCUCCCCUCCCACAUCCCUUCCUGCUUCCACUACAGCUGGAGACACCUGUAACUCCUCACCGUCCCAUGAGCCCAAGGAGAAACGUGUGCACUUUGACCUGGAGACCCUUCACAGCUACCGCCUGCGCACACACACCGCCUCGGUGCGAGGCAGGCCCGGUAUGGUUGGCCGUCCCGGCCUCGGCUUAGGAGGGUGGGGGCUGGGCACCCUGGGGAGUCUUGCCUCCCCUCCACAGAUUAGCCUCCAUGCUAACGGGGGCCCUGUCUCUGCGCUGGCUUCCUCAGGCUUGAUGCUGGCCCCCCUGGGGAGCCGGGCGGCUCAAACCAGCAUGUGGGAGGGGGAGCUCCAGGACCUGCAGGGGAAGAUCGAGACCUUCCGCACCCAGCUGAGAGAGGCCCUGGCCAGGAGAGCGGAGAUCCAGAGCAGCCUGGAGAGAGAGAGGAGCGGACUUGUACGCAGGGAUACCAGCCUGGAGAGGGAAAGACAGAGGAUACAAACUAUUAACACAGACAGAAGUAGCUCCACGCAGCCCAAACUCCCUGAGAGAGACAGGACCAGCCAACUGCAAACCCUGAACAAUCAGCAGACAGGGAGGGCUAACCAAUCAGGCGGUCCUGGGACUCUGGAGCACGGGGGCAGGAGCAGCCAAUUAAACACUGUUAACAGUUUGGACAGAGGGAGAGCCAACCAGUUACGCUCUGUUAAUACAUCGACGGGAGAAAGGACUGUCCAAUCACGCACUUCCACCAGUUUGGAGCGAAGUCGAGUCGUCCAACCAGGUGCUGGAACCAUAACUGUCCAGUCGCGGAACACUUCUAGCCUGGACAGACAGAUGGCUAACCUAUCACGCACUCUGAACACUUUGGAGAGGACAAAAGCCAACCAAUCAAGUGUAAGCAGCAGUGGGACUUGAUUGUCUUGAUGAAGCUUCGCGGUGUGUAGGACUGCGGAAUGAGUAGAGGAGCAAAUUGGUGCUUGCAUAGCCGUGGGAAGAUUGUUGGAGUGGGUCAAGUUUAGGGGACGCUUGCUGAAAAACUGACAGUAUAUGUUAACUCACACCAUUACUUACUGCAACCUAAUAAUUUUCACACUCAGAAUUGUUUCCACACUCGCUUAAAAUUCCAACUAAAAAACUUUAACUGCGAUUCAAGGACUCGUAAAAUGUCUACAUUAUCCAUGAAAUCAUAAAAGAAGCAAUGUAAUCUUGAGGGAAUGAAAGCCAAUACGACUUCAGCAAGAUCUCAGUAUACUUCCAAGAACCAGAUCAGAAAACUGGGAUUAGCCAUGGGACCAUGGGUAAUCUGACAAUGCUAAAAUCACUGUGCCAACUGAGGAGACAAGUGGUUCAGGUGAGGAACCAUCAGCCACAGCUGUCUGACAAACACAAAUAUCACCUGAAUGAAAAAGAGGCCCAUUACACUGGUGAAAGAGGCCUACAAGCACAUAGAGACAUCAGCGCCAAGAGCACAGAAGAAUCAAAUUUAGCCCAAUGUGACAAAACAGCAAACGAAUAUAGAGAUACAGAUGCAAAAACCUAUAUAUUUUAAAUAAUAAUGUCCCUAAAAUGUGAAUGACAAAGGAAGGAAACUGUGAAGAGAGUGUUUAAGCCCCAAAUCAAUGCACCUAAAAAUCCCAAAAAGUAGGAAAAAGCCUUUUGUGUGUUGAUGCCUUUUAUCCUCGUGUGUAUUGUCCCGCCAUCAACACUACAACACUAAUACCGCUGUCAAAAACGCAUUUUUAGGAUAUUUUUAUAGUAAAAUCCCACCCUCGUAAAAUGUGUCAAAACUAAAAAAGGUGUUUUGCAAACUGAGCCCUUCCCAAACAGACGCUUUGAGAUGGUAAUUUUCCCCUGUGAUUUGAUGGGUUCUGCAUAAAAAGGGGAUAUUAAGGCAGGAAAGUGCACAUUAAUGGAAAACGGUUUGUUAUACUGUCUGUAGUGGAAUGGAUUCGAGCUAUUUAGACCCAAAUACACACCUCCAGGCCAUUUUUUGGCUGCGAGGUUUAGUUAACUCAAAGUACCGUGCCAUUUAAAUUGUUUUGUCCUCACUGUUACCUUGUGUCGUUAUGGGAAAAACACAGAGUCACAAACAGUCUUUCAUAAAGGGCAGCUCCAGUAGUCACGAGUGGUAUAGCUCAGCUCGUGAAAACAGUAGUGUAAUGUCUGCUGUGGCUCUGAAAUUUGCCUCAGGUCUGAGAAAGUAACCCCUGCUGACACAUAGUUACUUAUACGACUUUCUAUGAACUUUGUUCUUGAACAUAAAUGUGCUGUUCAGUUGGCUCAACCCUGCUCCACAUCAAGUCUGCAACCCUGGUUUCACAAAAGUUGGAACACUGUGUAAAAGUUAAUAAAUCUAUGCAGUGCAGUGAUUUUUUUUUUUUUUUGGACAUAUUCAGUCAAAUACAAAAAAAUAUACGCUCAUUCUGAAUUUGAUGCCUGCAACACUUUGCAAAAAAGUUGGGUCAGGGGCAUGUUUACGACUGUGUUACAUCACCUUUCCUUUUAACAACCCUGAAUAAGUGUUUGGGAACUGAGGACACUAGUUGUUGACGAUUUGAAAGUGAAGUUCUUUCACAUUCGUGCUUGAUAAAUGACUUCAGUUGCUCAGCAGCGCAGUGUCUCAGUUGUCGUAUUUUGGGCGAAAUACUGCGCCACUCUUUGUCAAUGGGAGGGCGGUCACAAUUGCAGGCAGGCCAGUCUAGUGCCGCCACUUUGAGGAUGGAGUCAUACUCGUGUGUCAGGUCUAUGCAGAGCCUACACACGUAGCCGACACAAAUGUGAGCAUUUAUACUUGUGCGGUGGUGUGUCUGUGUCACUCUGCAGUUACACCUCCAAAACACUAGUCGGCAGCGGGAUUUCUGUGAAAUGCUGUAAGGUUUAGCUGAGUGAAAACUCACCCAAAACAUAUAUUGAACAUGGCUUAAUACCGACAAUUUUGAACACAAGUGCACAAAUCAGCUUCACUAUAAGUCGCAGCAUUCACAGACAAACACUUGUCUUUAUCUGGACACAUUUUCCCCACAAAUACAACAUGCUAAUGUUUUUAGCACAAGCCUAUGGCAUUUUACAUUGUAUAAAUUAGCUUAGUGGCCAGCUGACUUUUCCCCUACUCUCUAUUCUCAGCAUAUGUUGCUCCAAAACCUGUAUGUACCUUUCAGCAUCCAUGGUGCCUUCACACAUGUGCAAGUUACCAUGAUGCCACGGGCACUUACACACCCCCAUGCCUUUUACUUUGUAGCCUGGAGGACACAACAUCCAGGAUUUCCAGUAACAGUUGUCAGACCACGGCACACAUUUCCACUUUGCGUCAGUGCUUUCACUUUGCAUGGUAGAGUCUUAACUUGCAUUUGGAGAUGUAGUGUCAAAUUGUGUUUAGCGACACUAGUUUCCAAAGUGUCCCUGAGCUUGUGCACUAAGAGCGUUUAUACAUUGCCGAUUUUUAAUGUAGUGCCGUCUGGGAGGUCGAAGGUCACAGGUGUUCACUGUUGGUUUUCAGCCUUGCCCCUUACGUGAGAGGAUUCUCUGAAUCUAUGAAGAUGAUGAUAGUGUGGAUUGUAGAUGGUGGGAUCCCUAAAUUUGUUGCAUCUCUGCAUUGAGAAACGUUGUUGGACUAUUUGUCCACACAGUUUUCCCCAGAAUCGUAAUCCUUGCUUGUGAACAACUCAGCCUUUCGAGAAUGCCCCUUUCAUUUCCAAUCAUGAUAAUAACCUGUCAACAUUUAACCAGUUUACCUGUGGAGUGUUCCAAACUGGUGUUUUAUGAGCAAUUCACAACUCUCCCAGUCUUUUGUUGCCCUUGUCCCAAGUGUUUUGGAACAUGCUGCAGGCGUCAAAUUCAGAAUGAGUGUGUAUUUACAAAAAAACAAUAAAGUUAAAUAUCUUCUCUUUAUUUUCGUUUUACACAGUGUUCCAACUUUUUCAAAGCUUGGUUGUAAUAAAAAGAUGCUAUGGGGAAAUGUAUCCAGCAUUUUUGGAGUGUGACACAUACUAGAGACAAAAAGUCAGGACUUUACCCCAACUUUAUGAAGUGCAAUAAUAAUAAUUCACUGCAGUACCCCUUUAAUUGAAAUCACAGCCCUUUCCUGUGUAAUGAGUUUUUGGGUGGAAACCCAGCUGACCCAUUUCAUUACUUGUAGUACUACAUUAGCAUUUAAUGUGUCCAUGAGUAGCUGCAGCAACACAGGUCAGAGAUGCAGGUGCUAUUUGGGUGUCAGUGCUCAAAACUGUUUCCAUUUUCCAAAGUGCUGCAGUUAAUGUCUGGGUGGCAUAAUUUCAAAGAUGGUGGUCUACAUCUGCUUCAGACUGUUAGUAAUAAUUCAGCAGUCCAACACCAUCUCUAUACAACCCAAUCAUUAGAAUAAAUGUUGGCACUGUAUGUCUCUGCAAACAUGGAUAUGUAACAAUUUUACAUAAUUAUGUAGCUGAUGUGUUGAAACCUUCCAUUUGGACAGUGCUGUGGUUAACGUGGCACAAAAAACACUUACGGUUAAAUAAAGAUCAUGUUUUGGCUUGAAUUACCAGGUUGUGGAGCCACAGUCACAGAUGGGAAUGCUGGAUGUUUCA